UUCAGUCUUUUGUCAGAGUAACAUUUGUGUGGCUAUAUGAUUUCUGUUUGUUUCAAUUUAUCUUUACGCUAAACAAAUUUUCAGUCGUACAUCAGAAUAACAAAAGUUCUUUCUUACAUUACUAUGCACAAAAACAGUAUAUUAUGUUUUAUAGCUUUCAUUAUCUUGGAUAUAUUUUUGGUCACACAAUGUCAGCCAAAACCAAUGGAUGACGCUGAUACAGAUGUGCCAACGCCGAUGAACGUAGGAGGUCAGGAAGGACUACAGAGCACACAAGGUCCGCCAAAUCCACCGGUUACACAAGGUCCGCUAAAUCCACCAGUUCCCUUUGAUAUUGAUGGAACGCCGCCACGAGACGUACCUGGUGUACAAACUUCAAAUGAACAAGAAAACUCACAAGGUUGCGAGACAAAAAUAAAAAAUGUUUGUGCCAAAUGUGGGAAAACUAUGUCAUCAGCUGCCGGAAGCAUGUGUAAAGCCGUGAGAAGUUGUUUUCGGGGUUGCUCUAAUUGCAUGGGUGAAGGUGUUGACACUGCUGGAUACGUGUGUGAUAAAGUGGGAACAUGUAUUUGUUGUUUCCUUGAACAUAUCACUGAAGAUCCACAUCAUAGUCAUCCUUAUAGACUUUAACACCACAAUCGUCAUCCUGGACAUCAUCAUCAUGGUUUAUAAUAGCAAUCAUAAGAAAUGAUCGAAAUUUGUUGCAGAAAUAUACACUUGCCUAUAAAUAUUAAAUACAUAGAAAUUUAUAUAAUUAAAUUGUGUAAACUUUUACUCAACCAUAAACAUAUAUGUUUCACG